CAAUGAUUAACUUUGUCAAGCUAGAUUGGUUAUUGGGGAUUUCAUCUCGGAAAGCUCUCAGCUUUUAAUUCUGAGCACUGAGCAUUGUUCUAGCACCAGCGUCAAUUCCCUUUGCGACCAUUUACUAUCGUCUAUAUCGUCAAUCGCAUAUCCCCAAACUCAUUCGUUUGAGGUCAAUUCGCCAAUACCGCCAAGAUGGUUGCUAUGUACACGGUUUUCGGCCGUCAGGUCGGCUCUCACUACCUUGCAAUGGGUGUCCUCAGUGCCAUAUUCGGUGGCGCCUACCUAGGUCUCAAGGGCCCAAGCAAGAAGACCACCCAAGCCCCACCCAUCAACGCAUCGAGCCCCGACGAGUCCGACUUCAUCCAGAACUUCUUGAAGCAGGCCGACGAGGACGAGAAAAAGUCGAAGCAUUAAAUGUGUUUAUAUAUCAAAUUCGGCCUGAGAUAUUGGCCGAGUAGACAAAAUAGAUACGGUCACAAUGAGAAAUAGCCAACCUACGACGAGGCAAUGAAAAUUACCCAUGACUCUCCUCCACUACUUUUGGGAACGCUGUAUGUGAUAGUUCCUUCAGACCUGGUGUCUGCAGAUGAACAAAGUGCAUUCCGACCUGACUCGACAGGGGAUAUGCUAAGAAAUUCCUCACUACCUCUGAAUAUAUUAUCUCAUAAUACUACUCAAACUCUAGGCUUCAGCAGCCUUCUAUUUAUCUUGACAAGCCGAUCGCUGGCGUCCCGUGAAGUGAAUAGAUAACUCUAUAUCAGGGCCCGUACUCCAUCUGUUCUAUAUGCAUAUGUAUACAUUCAGAGGUCUGUAUGGUUGGGACUUCAGAUACUAAGCUGAGGCCUUUUCAUUUCAGGCCCUAUUAUACCAUCUACCCCAAGCCUGGAUCAUUCCUUUACAAGUCUACGCAUUGUAUUAUACCCGACAUUACCAGGUACAUUAUGUCUACUACUCUACUACAAGCAAUGAUAGGAUCUUUCUUGCCAUUGAAUGUCUCCCAUAAAACAUCCCACCUAAAACUAGCGAUAGGUAUUCAGGAAACUGACUGCCAGGCAUAAAAUGUCUACCAUGACCUCUAAGCCCCUGAUCUAAACAUUUAUGCAUC